AUGCAGAAGAUUCGUGUUAGACCAUCCGUCGACAUGGAAUGAUGAGUUUUCUCACUAACGGACACUAUUUAUAACUCGUUUGUAUGUCUUUCAGCAGCGUUUUGCCUAAACGCGACGACUGUAUACCAAGAGAGAAGAAACCGUUCAUUCCAGACGAAACGGAUAGAGUUGGGUGACAAACAAACAGGUGAAAUGUUUGCCAACGGUCAUGCUUGGGGAAACCGAAUUUCAAACACUCCUCUACGCGCGGGCGUGUGCGUGUGUGGUAUUUUUAUCUCACAUUUUAAAUUGUUCCUUUUGGAACCACGCGGCUUAUGGAAUGCGAUAGUAACGAGCAAUAUGGGAGACAAUAACAAUGCUCCAAACGACCUUUAUCUGUCGCUCGCUUAUGUUGGUGCUGCCGUUUGGCUGUGGCAAGCGCGGCAGAAGAAAAGGGCCUGAACUUUAUCUGAUUGAGAGUAUAUUAGCACACGAUCACACGAUUAAGUCGUCGAUUUGUGGUUGUUUCUCCUACGCGACGAAGCUUAUCCGCCCCACCGAAGUUGCAUCCGAAACCGAGCGAACCGAGCGAAUACACAGAAUGUGUGUGGACACACUCGGACCGCGCGGUUCAGUUCAGUGUGUCGGGAAACAUCGUCGGAUGCAGAGCGAAGCGCCGUGCCGGUCGGUAGUUCAGGAUAAAGCACCUCCCGGAAGUAUGCGAAACCAAAAAUAGCGUGGCGUUGUAAAUGUAAACGAUUGAUUUUCGCACGAUCGCCCACGUUCUGCGAGAUCGUAUUUCGCGAGAAACAGACACGCACAUCUCACCCGCAUCGGACACAAGUGUCAAGCGUGUUACUAGUACAUGCGCGUUUAAUCGUUUCUAGUGCAUUAGUCUGCAGUGCAAUUAUCGCACAGGCGUGUAAGGGCGUGUUAUCGCAGAGCUUUGUUUCGUCGUUGCCCUACGAACUGUGCCAUUAAAGCAAGGCGCACGCACACAACAUGCUGCUGUCCCAUAUAGUCCUGAUCGUAAUCCUGGCGGGUGUACGUAUACCGUCCUUGGCCUUGGCCGACACGAGUCCUAUCUUCCCUGCCAACAAGCUGACCAUCGCGGAAGGUGCCGGUUUCCUUGCGUUUUUAAAUCCCAACGGUGGAACCGAGCUACUGCGCCAGCCGCGCGUGAUCGCUGGCGCCAGCCCCUGGAUACACUGCUCCGUGUCGGUCAAUAAUGUGCAGUACAGUUUGGACAGUGAUCAGGUGCAUCGCAUCGGGGACAAAACGACCGUCGAACGGUACGAUACGGAGCGUUGCGGCGUAAGGGUUAAAAACCUCCAGAAGGCUCUCGAAGCCAGCUGGACUUUGUACGGCACUGAUCAGACGGGGCAAGAUAAAACCGGCAUCCUUGAAGUGACCGUUACGUCGAUAAAAUUCAUCGAUGAGCUGAACGUUACCGUGAGCGGAUCGGCGUCCACGGCUACAGUCAACUGUCCGGACAAGGACGGUUCCCGGUACUGUCGCAUCAUCGAUGCCGACCAGGUCGUGUCCGAAUCUUGCACCAAAACGGUCGAUCUUACGCAGCAGAUCAGCCAUUUUUGGUGCCACACGAUGUUUUGGGGCGCAAUGACGGAGCGGAUCACCAAGAUCAACUUGAUCGUGCAAGAGGACGACCGUGACGUGAAGGCAACGGUGGUGGAAACGGAGGACCAUAUCGUGCUGUCUUGCCAGUACCGCUCCACGGUUUCGCUGUGCCGCGCCUUAUCGGAGACAGAUAAUCGCCAGUACAUGCUGCUUGAUGGGCAUCUCUCCGGGCGUUACUCGGCGUACAACACAAAAAUUUCGACCGGUCUCUGCUCGUUGGAGAUCAAGAAACCACUCGCCCCGGCAGACGUUGGCGUGUGGCGCAUCUACCAGCAGCUCAACCCGACCGACUACACCGGCUGCGUGUUUGACGUGAAAAGCAAACGCCUCGCCAAAACCCGGCAACUCAUACGCACCCGCGGGCCAGCCGCUAAAAGCAACCGACUGGAGCUGACCGCCACCGACAUCGAGAUCUUUCACGAUCCACGAUCGUCCAGCGCCACGGUAACGGAGCUGACCUGUGCGGUACCGUACGAGAUGGACUAUUGCUACCUUUCCGGGCCGACUGCCGGCGACUAUGCGCCGCAACGGUUCGAUCGGUUGAAGUCGCUCGGCCUCUGCCGGUUCGUGGUGACCAACAUUACGAGCGGCGUGUGGGCCUGCGGCAUUAACGAUCUCGACGGGGCGGAAGAUCACCUCACGUACUACAAUGUGAGCGUGUACCAGCAGCCGGGGCGCACCGUUACCGAGCAGCUGACGGCCAGCAGUGGCGAUCGCGAGCAGCGGCUGCUUUGUCGUACCAUUUUGGACCUUCCGAUCGAUAUCUGCCGGUUUGUGGAUCCGUCCGGCGAGGUGCACGGUGUUUCGAACCAGAUCAAACCAUCCACCGAUGCGCGAUACCGGUACUAUGGGAAGGGAUUGCGCGAGGGCGAAUGUGGACUGGAAAUUGUCGAGCUGCAGGAUAAAGACUUUGGCCGGUGGAAGUGUGCGUUCAAGGUGCGCGGCCGGGAGUACGAAAUUUCGAUGGACAUUGUUGAAGAAGCUAUGAGCGUUGGUGCGAUCAUAGGAAUCAGUAUUGCGGCUACAAUCGGGCUCGGUAUCAUCGGAAUCUUUGCCUACCGCAAGCUUAAUCGCCGUUACACCGGACCCACAUACACCGUCUCGUCCAGCAUGGCGAACGUUUCGACCGCGUCGCACCAGUCAUGAGAGGAGCGGACCUCCUUAACCCACCAAUGCGUGCGUUUGUGUGACUGUGUGUUCGUUUUUUUUUGUUACCAGUGUUUACGUGUUUUGAUUGUUCUUUUCGUCGU